AUGGGCGAUGAAGGAGUAAGAUGGCAAAAGAUAAUCUAUGAACGAAGAAACCAAUACUGCAAGAGCUAUAAGAAGCAGAGACACAGAGAAGAAACAUGUAGGAAAAGGAAAGUAUUGCCAAUGGGGGACGACGGGCAAGGGCAGAGUAUGGAUUUGGAAGUAAAUAAUUCUGCUAAAGCAAGUAAGGAGCAGAUGAAGGGGAAGGAGGUAUCGCUAGGUUCAAACCCAAAGACGAUAACUAAGGAAACACAGGAUCUCAAAAAAUAUCAGCAGCAAACAAAGCAUCCAAAGCCAACACAGCAAUCAAAAGGAAUAUGGAAACAGCAGCAACAGCCUAGGCAAGUCAAUAAUCCAGCAAAGGAAACAACAAUCACAUUUGGAAAGGCAUCGCAAACUGUCAUUACAGUUAGGGAUAUGGAGAAGGAAAAAUUAUCUGCAAGUAUGGAAAAUGGAGAACAUUCAGGGAAGAGUAUUGUGGAUCAGAAUGGAGAAAAUAUUCUGCAAACGGAAAGUGCUCAACGGAGAGAUACUGAAGAUAUUUUAGUAACCAAUCCGGAUUUGGUUCUGGAGGGUGAUGGUUUCAAUAGACAUGACAUGCAAGACCCGGCAGUAAUGCAGGAAGGUGGAGAUUCGGAUAAGGGGGUACAAAAUUUGUCUUUAAAUGAUGCUAUGACAUGUGAUUCACCCUCUAAUCAGAACAAUGUAGCCAGUCCUCCUGAUCAGAACAAUGAUGCCGAAACAAUGAUUAAAUUCGGUUAUGAUUCUGCUGCAUAUAGUUGGUUAAUUUAA